AUGCCGUUAUUUAAGCAAAGGAAAGUCGGCAAAGAUGAAGCAAAGAAACGUGUAGAACGAUGUCUUGUCGUGGUAAGCAGUACAUUCAUUUUUAAGAUCAACAUUUUUAUCGCGAAGUCAGGUACUACAAAGUCAUUAUUCAGCAUUAUUACAUCGGCUCCAUAAUUUCCUCUUCAGGUGUUCAUGUUUGCCUGUCAGCUUGUUUUGACCAUUACUGUAAAACAUUUUUUGCUUUGAUGGAGCUCACGGAACCCUACUCUGACACUUAAACUUAAGAAAUUUGCAGAAGGCUUGUGAUAUUUCAAAAGUAAAUAGAGUAAGCAGCUAAAUUAUAGGUUACGUUGUAAAUACAUGAUAAUACAGAAUGUUUACUAUCUUUACUGAUAUUUUUGUUUCGGUUAUCGUAAUAAUCGAGAUUCAGAGGUAACUUUGAAUUUUACGUAUGACUUACGAUUUCUUAAAAUUAGGUAGGUUACCAUUUCAGCUGCUCUAGCUAAACAGGUAAAGUAAGUUUUUUACGCAAGAGUAAAGAUUAAAGCCCAUGACAUGUACAGCUACCCCCCACAAAAUCAAAGAAUGUCGUCAGAAAGUAUGCAUCGCUUACUUCACUUCAUUGUCAGACAGUUUUAACUGUUUCAAUCGCCCUGUUUCAAAUGCCUAAAAACAUUGUCUGUUAAUCAUUCUAACUUUACAUUACUGGUCAACAAAUGUCAAACUAAGUUUAAUAUUAUUGUUUUCCUUUGUUCAACAAGGUAAAACUUGCAAUAAUUGUUGAACAACAUUUUAGAUAGCCUGUAUGUUCUUUUUUCUUUUAACUUCAACUUGGUGAAUUCCACUGAACACAACAUAAUCAUGGCUCAUGGUCAGUUAAACACUGAGUUGCUAAACAGCAGCUGCAACCAAUUUGUUGAUCAACAAAUUUCAAACUAUACUCCUUCAAUCUGGUUUCCAUGUGACUAAACUAGAUCAUCUUGAUCGCCCUGAGCCAUCUUAGACAUCUUAAUGUGUUCAGGUAAUAAAGAUGAUCAUAUGAAAACAUCUGACGCAAUUUAAGAUGAUUAGGGCAUUCCUGAUUGCCUGGAUAGAAUGGAGGAGACUAUGCAUACAGGUGUUUUCUUUAUGCAUCAUGAGGACCCGCAUACGACUUUUUUUUGUACACCACAGGACGCUGGGGUUGUUAAGGACGCUAGGGUUUGAGUGACAAGCAAUAAACUUCCUACCGCGAAAAGCAAUUAGUUUCUUUACCGUUUGGUCCAAUCAUCAGUGGUAUUAUUCGAUAAAGCGUCACUUUUUUUAACAAGAUUAAGGCGGCAUCUGGCGAUAGAGUAAUUGAGAAGAGAUUACAAUUUAACAUAAGCCAGAGAUUUGCGUUCUUAGCUCACGAGUUAUCCAGGAUAAUCGCGCGUGGCCUACGACUCAAGCGUUGUCUUUGUGGUCUUUUCCAGUAUUCAGUAAAAUGUAGCGUAGUUCCAUAUUGUAUUGAAUGUACGUAUUGAAGGUCGCAGAACUCAAAUAGAACUCGGGCGAAUGUUGCUAGAUAAAGGCGUUGAUUCAAAAUCUUUAUUAUGUAAAACCCACACUCCUUGAAAACGCAGCAUACUACUCAUCGUAAAGGAAAGAUGGAUGCCAAAGCAGAUUGCAAUCAUUGAUCUCCGAGGCUUUGUGUGUGAAGAUUCAACGAAUUUCUUUGGCGUGAGCUUGCUAAACUGCAGUUUCCGCAGAGAAUCGCGUGUCACGCACGCGCUAGUGUGUUGUGUUCGUAUUUUUCUGGCACCUCUCUGAUGGAAUCUUGUACAUUCAACGCACUAUAGUUAAAAAUUUAACCAAAACAAUGGAAAUAAUAAUGGACUUUUUCUUUAUAUGGAAGUAGUGUGACAUUAUGAUUUGACCUCUGAUCGAAUACAUGUAAAGCUGGCAUUGCAUUCUUGAGAUGAACGUAAAGGACGGUGUGUGCGUCUUUCGAUUUAUGACAUUACGAGAAGAAGACGGUCUUCCUUUGCCUUCAAAAUGUUUCUGAGCCUAACGAUAUUACGACAAAAGUGUAAGUGGUAAUAUUCAUCGGCAGUCUGGUAGGCAUUUUGAUGUUGAAAACGUUAGAUCUUCUAAUCCGACUGCAUUUGUUUGGUGACUAUUAUGCAUGAUCUGCUGCUAAUGAUGUAAAGCGUGUGCAAACGGGCUAUAUAAAAAAUUUCUGUUAUUUAAUGACAACGGGUUGCGGAAUACUAUUGUUAGUAGAUGAAGAUGUCAUAGUAGAGGCAGAAAACACAGAGACCAAGCGAUCAAAUGGAUUCGGUCGAAUAGUGAAAUCGUCAUUCCGCCAAAACGUGUCCAAAGCCCGCCAAAAAUUACCAAAUCUCGCCUCUUCCGCUAUUUAACUCUUUAUUCAUUCAAGAAAAAGCUAUGUAUUGCAGGAUUUUAGAAAAUUAGGUAUGGGAGUGGAAAUCAUUGUUAACAUGUUUCAAGGGUGACUAUUUUUUUAAAAAAAGACUAGGCGUGCGGCGAGUUUUAUUGUAAUGCAACGGUGUUCUUAACUCCUAAGUGCAAUUUUUAAAGCAACAGAAACACUAGGUGGCACGCCCGUGAUUCUGUGAGUUUAGACACCACGGCAUUAUGAAAUCACUUGUGCACAAAGUGGAAAUUUAAAGUUUAAUAUGUUUAAGCUUUAGUAAGCGAGUUUUAUUGUAAUGCCAUGGUGUUCUAAACUCCUAAGUGCGAGUUUUAUCAUGCAACAGAAACACUAGGUGGCGCGCCCGUGAUUCUGUGAGUUAGACACCACGGUAUUAUGAAAUCACUUGCGUACCAAGUGGAAAUUUAAAGGUUAAUAAGAUUUAGCUUGAAUAAGCGAGUUUUAUUGUAAUGCCAUGGUGUUCUAAACUCCUAAGUGCGAUUUUUAAAGCAACAGAAACACUAGGUGGCCCGCCCGUGAUUCUGUGAGUUUAGACACCACGACAUUAUGAAAUCACUUGCGCUCCAAGUGGAAAUUUAAAGGUUAAUAUGUUUUAGCUUGAGUAAGCGAGUUUUAUUGUAAUGCCAUGGUGUUCUAAACUCCUAAGUGCAAUUUUUAAAGCAACAGAAACACUAGGUGGCACGCCCUUGAUUCUGUGAGUUUAGACACCUCGGCAUUACGAAAUCACUCGCGUACCAAGUGGAAUUUUAAAGGUUAAUAUGUUUUAGCUUGAGUAAGCGAGUUUUAUUGUAAUGCCAUGGUGUUCUAAACUCCUAAGUGCGAUUUUUAAAGCAACAGAAACACUAGGUGGCGCGCCCGUGAUUCUGUGAGUUUAGACACCUCGGCAUUAUGAAGUCACUCGCGUACCAAGUGGAAUUUUAAAGGUUAAUAUGUUUUAGCUUGAGUAAGCGAGUUUUAUUGUAAUGCCAUGGUGUUCUAAACUCCUAAGUGCGAUUUUUAAAGCAACAGAAACACCAGGUGGCGCGCCCGUGAUUCUGUGAGUUAGACACCAAGGUAUUAUGAAAUCACUUGCGCAAUAACGGGAAAGUUAAGGGGUUUACAAGCUACAAAAGCUAUAUGUGUGUCUUAGAGUGUUUUUUAAUAGGAGAUUUUCUUGUAGGAGACCCUCCGCCAGUUAUAUUUUUCGGCAUUUAUUAUUAAAAGAUUUGUUUUCUCGUUAGAAAUAAAACACGCGUGGCAAAAUUCCCAUUUCCGGCACUUUUAGUACGUCCUAGAAACUGGAAAGCACAGUACGUAAUCGUUUAUUCGGAAGAAGGCUUUUCUUCUUCUUUCUGAUAUUUAUUUACAACAAUACUGUUGCGAUCCGUUCGCGGAGAAUCUCUGCUAAUGCGGUUACAUUUCGAAAACAAUAUUUUUGUGGUCUUGCGUUCUCCUCGCGCGCGUCCUUUUGCUUUUAAUCACCUGGAAACUUUGGUUUUACGUGGUAGUUACAAAGAAACGUUUCGGCGCGGCCCGCACAAUGUACGGCAAAUAAAUUUAAGUAAAGUGGCUGAGUGCUUUGAAGUUGCUCUCUUUGAAAAUUUUUAAAAUAGAAUCAAAGAUGUAUUCACGGAGGUUCUGGUUAUCGUUUGGGGACAAAAGCAUAUUUUGAUUAUGUUAAUUGCUCCUGUCGGAAUGAAAUGUCAUAUGAAUUAGCAAGAUGACGUGCGAGUAAUAAGUUCCAGGGGUUUCUCAUGGUUUCCGACCUUCGGUCCUGCACUAUGUUGUCAACACUUCCUAUGUUUUAUAUUGCGCAAUCGGUCAAUUCAGAUGACCGUCGUACACGUAUCCAAGGCUUGCGGGUCAUCAUGUACAGUGUUAAAUGAUAAAAUUAUUUUCUGGAUCAUCUCAAUCAUCCCAGUGGACCCCAAAAUUGAGACAGUAAAGACAAUCUGUGGCAUAUCUUCAAUAUAAAUGGACAGUUGAUUUUUUUGUUUUAGUUUUAAUUGUCCUUUUAAGAUCAGCAUCAUCUACAUUUUUCUGCCUUGUAAUAUCCAGUGAUGUUCCCCUUGACAAGGUAUUUUGACUACAAGGAAGUUAUCAGUGUUGGUCAAUCUCAGGUUGUCGCGAAGUGGCAUUCAUCACUUUCUGAUGAAUGGGCAGGCUGGAUGGUGAACCUUCUCUGAUCAAUGAGAUUAUUUUCCCGCUUGUUAAGAGGUCAACUUGAGGCUCAUUUUUUUAAAUUGCCAACUAGUUUGCUGCUGAUCAGUUGACAUUUUUAAGCAACUUUUUUCAAAUUUUAGUUUUUGUGACUACUGCGCAUGCGCGUAGUCACUAUUGCCAUCAUGUAGGUUUCCGAAUGUAAGUAAGUAACAAUAGAAUAUACUUCGGAGCCAAUCAGCACAAAGAAAUACAGCUCUUGUGGUCUCUUCGCGUAUACUUCGUGUGAAUACUUCGUGUGAACGAUGACGUACCGAUGAUCCACGAUGACAAACGAACAUUGGCGCAUGGCGUGGUUUUACUCAGAUAAACGCGAGCUUCUGUGCGGCAGGUAUUCGAGGAAGCCGAGGUGAGUCACAGUUUUCUUAUAUUUUACAACAUUUACCUCUCACAG